AUAAUCUUUACCAGUAUAGGCUUUUAUUUUGUAAACGUUAGAGGCGAACAUUAUAAACAAACGUGUAUGAUUGAUAGUAGCAUACGAACAUAGUGAUCAAGAUGGCAGAUGAUAUUCCAAUUCCAAACAGCACCCAGAUCUAUCCAGAUACAAACCAAGUUCCUUAUCCAGUUGGCCAAAUAUCAACGCCUGCUUCUUCUGUAAGAUUGCCAGAAACGUCGUCUCCCCUGUCAACACAAGAUACACAACCAGAAGGAUCCAGCACUGUUCCAGACUCAUCUCCAGUAAUGCCUUCAAUAUCAAAUCAACCACCUUUUCCAGUUACUGGUCAUGAAAUUCCUUCAAGCCAAGGGGAAACAUCCGUUCCUGCUGGACAGCCAGCAGUAACCUCAAGCGUUUCCUCUUCAACACCAAAUGAAGAAACUACCCCAGUCUCAAGUUCAACUAUUGUUUUACCGUACCCGGCUGAAGCGUCGUCCGACGCAACAGCAGCUCUUCAACAAUCAGGUGGGCCACCGUCAAAUGGUCUGAUGUCACCACCGAAUGGGCCACCUCCGACUGGAUCCCCACCAGCUGGACCACCACCGACUGAAGCUCAAACGAGUGAAUUACCACCGGCCUAUGAGCCAUUUCCAAAUUACACAUCUCCCGCAGCUGCAGCAUCCGGUUUCCCGAUAGACUACUGCAAUAAACCUGGACAGACGAACUUUGAGAUGCCACCGCCACCACCGAGUUACCAACAAUCGACAACAUACAAUAUGACUGCGCCACCUCAACAGUAUAUGUUUCGAACAAUAUGUGAUUAUCCGGUACAGAUGAAGUGUCCUAAUUGCCACAGUGAAAUCGUGUCCGAGAUCGAAUACGUCAACGGUGGACUCGUUUACCUUAGCGUGCUUCUCAUGGUCGUAUUAGGUUUUUCAUCAUUGAAACUAAAUUAUCUAUUUCAAGUGGGGAGAGUAUCUAGAGCUUACCUUAUUAUUAUGACAACACAACCAAACUCCUCGGAAAGCAACAUCGAACUGGAAAAUAUUCCUCCUGACCGAGGUCCACCACCUGUGUACACACCUAGAGAAAGCACACAACCCAGCACUCCAACGGGAACUACUUCCCUGGGUGCUGGUCAGACGCCCCAAUACCCUCCUAAAGAAGAACUUCCACCCUAUAGUUUCUACAACCAUCCCCCACCGUAUACGUUUCCCUUGAUAGAAGGAGAGGAGCCUAUUCACAGAAGUUACCAAGGAGAAAGCAAUAAUGGUCAGGAUUCUAUCGAAUUCCUUAAUGCUGAACCAUGUACGGUCGUAUGCCAGUAUUGCAGACAGGAAGUGACAACAUCUGUAAUGUAUGUUGCUGGAAAUUUGACAUAUAUUGUGAUGUUCGUAAUAUUUCUUUUGGGCGGUUGGUUCUUCUGCUGUUUAAUUCCGUUGUGCAUUGAUGAACUUCAGGACGUGUGCCACUACUGUCCAAAUUGUAGGCACGUGAUCGGUCACUAUGAGCGUAUAUGACCGUAAUGUCAUAGGAGGUACGAUAAUGUGAAUAUAUAAGAUAGAAUAUCAACAAAACAGUGAUUAUAUUUUUCUAUAGAAGGUCAGUGGAGAUAUUCCGUGCCCCGUCAGUUAAGCUGCGUGACAUUAUGUGUGGCGUAAAUCUUGUAACAAACGGAGCCUAUAGAUGAGGAGGAUCGCAUGAAUAUCCAGAAUACCGGUAUACGUAUAUUUGUGGAGGCUGAUUUUAGUUUUAUUUGUCACUAAAAAAAAUAUACUGCAAUCGCUGGCAGGUCGUGAUGCUGGUAGACUCGAGUUGAAAUCGACAUUUGACAAUGAUUAAUAUGUUUGUCAUUACAACAUAUUGUUUUGGUUAAUGAGUUUCAAAAAAGGAAACAUGUCAUCCGAGAUUUAUUCAAUGUCAACAAUACAGUUACAGGUUAAAUAUCAUAUAUUAUGUAAGGUGCUAAUUAAUAAUAAUGUAUAAUAUAUUAUGGUGCCUAUGGUAUUCAUUAUCAGUUGCUUGAUGAUAAUAAUCUUAAUAUAUGAAUGGAGUGGAAAGAUAAUAUAAUGGCACCCAUAAAAAUUAGUAAAACCUAAAAUAUAAUAAUGUUUAAAUGCUUAUGAAAAGAAAAAUAUUAUCUACUUUAGCUAUACAACAGAUUGAAACAAAACAAAAACAGAUUUCAAUAAAUUCUAGAUAUUUUACUACAUUUUGCUGUCAGAAAUAAAAAAAUAA